AUGCUGUCCCGUCCCAAGACGGCUUCCGCACGCUUUGGCGGCCGCGUCGACGACCUCGAUGAGGGAUCAACAUCCGACGCAUCCUCCUACUACACGGAUGCAUCUGAUCAGCGUCCACCUGCUGGAGGCAAAUGUGAGUUGAUGCAACUUCAUGAUCUAAUGCGAUUGCCCCUUCUCUCGCUCUGACAUUCGAGCAUGCAACGCCCUAUGACUUUACAGGGGCCUUGGUGGAAGUUCUCCCCAUUCGCAAUCGCAACCGCAGUCCAGUGACGCCAACGACGAACACCGCAUCCUUAGCAAACGUCUCAAGUCAAAAUGAGCAUCUCCCCUCCCGUGAGUUUCCGUCGUAGACAUGUGACGCAGGAAAAUUGCCGCAGGCCUGUGCAGGCCUCUGUGAGAAUCAAGAACAACAGUUGCUCAGAGCAUCGAUUCCAACGACCAACAAAAAGCAUCUUCAUCUGCACGCGUCAAUAUUGGCGAUGCUACGUGCGUGCGCUUCGACUUGCGACUCUCGGAAUUCGCCAAGUCAAGCGCCUUGGACUCUCUGACCAUCGAGGUGUAUGUGAGUGAGCAGCAGUGCCGCAACUAUCGUCCAAAUAGACGCAUUCAGCACCGAGUCGUCUUUCCCUGUCACAGCACGAGAAUUACAAACGGGUGAAGGUGAUCUGGACCUUGGAUGACUAUGGAGCACCUGGCAUCGAGUGAGCAAAUCGCAGAUAUCGGAUCAGUGGCGACGCGUUUGCUGACACGACUCAAAUCUUGCAGCUUCUUGACUCCAACUCUCAGUGAGUCUGCAACAGUGUAGAUCAUUGUCGAGCUUUAGAGGACCCUCGGUUUGAUCGAGCCCCUCCUUUGAUCCUCGCUCCUGCGCAGGCAUCCCCUCGGACACCAGUCAUUGCGAUGUAAAAGCGCGCGUCACAACGGAGGGCACGCUUGCAGAUUCAUUCCAGCCGUUGACAUUUUCCUUUCGCGUAGGUCGGCUGGCGGCCAGCGAGAGGGUCAUCUAUGCAGGCGCUAACCUGGCCGCUACUUUGUUGCAUCUUGCCAGCUGGUCCGCACGCGGGCCCCUUUGAGGCGCAAUUGGCUCCAGUGAGUAUACUUGCUUCAAGAUGUUGUGAAGCAGGUAGCCAGUCUUUCGAUUGGACUCAGCUCGUACGUGCCGCUAUCGUGCUUGUACAGAGAAGAGCUGAAAGCCAUUGACAAAAAGAAUAAAGACAUGGCUGCAGGGUCCAUUGCUCGACUUCCCGCCAGCAAUGCCGAAGCUUUGCCCGAGUGUGGCGAUUUGGUGCCCUCAGGCCUUCCUUCGCCUGUUCAACCGACGCUUGACGCUUCUUCUGAUGCUGCAACUGCUGCGUCCAAGUCAAAUGCGGCUGCCAUGGCCCUUACAGAGAAUAUCGGCUCCCAGAUGUCUUGGAGCGCUAUCGGUACCAUCGAUACUCAGGCAAGCUCUACGAAUGGCGCGUCCAAAGACAAAGACAAAGUGCUCUCUCCUAGUGCCAGCCCGACCAACACGGUGCCGAGUCCAGGCAGCGCCUCUUCCAAGUGGGCCGUCUUGAGUCUACCAUCGAGCCCGACUGUACAACAAAAGACCGUCACUCCAUCCGUCGAUUCUUCCGUCUCGGCAGGGCUCGCCAUUCGCGGUGCAGGCAAGCAAGUUGCGAACGAUUGGGACGUCGUGCUGGAUGAUGGAUGCGAGGAUGGCAUCCGAAUGAAGAUUCCAGACGUAGUCAACAGCGACGAGACAGAGGAGAAGGAGGAUGUAAAGAAGAUGAAAAAGGAUGAGUGGUGGAUGUGGGACCAAAAUGGUACUGCAUCUUCACAGGCUGCCCCAAAACCUCAUCUAGAGACCCAAAGGUCUGUCAAAGAGCGAGCUGCACCAGCGCCUCAACAGAUCUAUCCUCCUCAACGCGCGUCACAGCUUCUCGCGCUCAACAAGGUGAAGGAUCUUGCGGUGGAGCGAAAGAAUGGCGAUACUGCGCAAAAGAUGCAAGCUUCGCCAAUGGCAGCAGCUACGCGAUCCGCUUCAUCAGUCAACGCAGGGGCCGAUGGGGCACAGGCGGCGGUCGCAGAUGUCGAGGGGUGAGAAUCGCAAAAUCUCAUGACUAUCCGCAACUCGUCUGACCCUCAACAUCUUGCCCUCAUUUAGCCCCGCAUCCUUGAACGAUGACGAGUCUUUGCAAUCACAGAUUGACAAGCUACUGGCGGAGUAG